GUCCUUUGUUUACAUGGGUCGGUGGCUGGCGGAGGCGGCGCCGCCGGGGGAGGGAGCGCUGCGCUCGCACCAGCUGUUUCCCGCCUUGAGCGGCAGAGGCGCGGCGCGCUCAGCUGGGGCCGGCGCCCGCAUGGAGUACUUCAUGGUGCCCGCGCAGAAGGUGCCCGCGCUGCAGCACUUCAGGAAGUCGGAGAAGGAGGUGAUCGGCGGGCUCUGCAGCCUGGCCAACAUCCCACUGACCCCAGAGACCCAGCGGGACCAGGAGCGGCGGAUACGCAGAGAAAUUGCGAACAGCAACGAGCGAAGGCGGAUGCAGAGCAUCAAUGCCGGCUUCCAGUCUCUGAAAACCCUCAUUCCACACACAGACGGGGAGAAGCUCAGUAAGGCGGCGAUUCUCCAGCAAACAGCUGAAUACAUCUUCUCUCUGGAGCAGGAGAAGACUCGGUUACUGCAGCAGAACACGCAGCUCAAGCGGUUCAUCCAGGAGUUCAGUGGCUCCUCCCCAAAGCGGCGGCGGGCAGAGGACAAGGACGAGGGCAUUGGCUCGCCGGACAUCUGGGAGGACGAGAAGGCAGAGGAUCUGCGCCGAGAAAUGAUUGAACUCCGACAGCAGCUUGACAAGGAGCGCUCGGUCCGCAUGAUGCUGGAGGAGCAGGUGCGCUCCUUGGAGGCCCACAUGUACCCUGAGAAGCUCAAGGUGAUCGCCCAGCAGGUGCAGCUCCAGCAGCAGCAGGAACAGGUGAGAUUGCUGCACCAGGAGAAGCUGGAACGUGAGCAGCAGAUGCGAACGCAGCUCCUGCCGGCACACGGUCCCCCAGCUCCCACCCAUCAUCCCACUGUGAUUGUACCAGCACCACCUCCUUCCCAUCACGUCACCGUGGUAACCAUGGGCCCAUCCUCUGUAAUCAACACAGUCUCUACAUCCAGGCAAAAUCUGGACACCAUUGUUCAGGCAAUUCAGCACAUUGAAGGGACGCAGGAAAAGCAGCUGCAGGAGGAGGAGCAGAGGCGUGCGGUCAUCGUGACGCCCGUCCGGGCGUGCCUGGAGCCCUCCAAUUCAGACACCGCCUCCGACACAGAGGGGGACGACAGUGACUCCAUGGAUCAGAGCAAGGAAGAUCCCUCAGGGGAGGGGGAGCUGCCCUGACACCCCCCAGCCAGUAGCAGGGAAAGGGGUGGGACCCGGGGGAGGGGAAUGUCAGAGAAUAUGCUGAAAUUUUUAAAAAAUACAAUGCGAUUUGGGUCUCUUUUAUGACCUUUUUCAAUACUGUAAAUCGGAGUGCUAGAACCAGACACGCUGAAAGUUCAUGCUGCAGUUGAAAGCAAACCAGGGGGCGGGAGGGGGUGCUGUCAGUGAACCAGCACUGGGGGAGGGAGGGGGGCUGUUUUUAACUAGAGAUGGGCCAAAACUGGAACCCAGGAUCUGAACUCAGAUGAACUGUUUUGGGGUUCGGGUAACUGGGACCUGGAACCAAAUCGCCUGUGGUUUUGUAAAACUCAAAUCCGACUUACAGUAAUCUUGCAAAAGUAGUCCCGGCUUUAUCCAGCACUGGUGCGAUGGAUAGCACGGCUGGUGCAUGGGCUCUAGGCUGUUCAUGGGCUGGCCUGAGUUCUUCUUUUUUCUUGUUUGUUGGUAGUUUCUCUAUUUUAAAAAAGGGGGA